AUGCCGGAUGGGCGUCAGUUCAAACUUCGGGUGCAUGCGACGCAAAUCUGGGGUUCCAUGGGUCUGGGGAUAUUCAGCCUGAUUGCUGCUACUGAAAAGUUCGCCCAGCAUUCCACACCCUUCCGCUGUAAAUUGCGGGCUUUCUGGACAGGGAGGGUGGUUGCCACCGGUAUGAACCAAACGACAUGCUCGAUCAAACGUCGAGGUCACAUACCUUACAGACUCUGA